CGUUCUAGUGUCAGCAAUGAUAUUUGUCAUGCUUGUUAAAAUUUGAACAUUUGCAUAAGUCGAUAUCAAAAAUAUAACUCAAACUGACAUUGAUAAACAUUUAAUUUGAAAUUAGCUGUUUGUAAACAUUUAAUUUGAACUGAUUAAAAAAAAGAAAAAGUAAUUUUUAUAAACAUAAACCGAAUGUUUUUUUAAUUCAGUCCAUAAAACAUUCUCCAAUGCCGUGAGCCUUUUGAACCCAAAAUGAAAUAAACAAUAAAAAAAGACACACGGUAUUCGAACGAUAUGUGUGAAUGUAACCGUUUUCAAAAUUUAAACAGAAUUAUAAUUUUGAAGUUGCACGCAUUCAAAUACAUUGUUGAGUACGCAUUGAACUCAAUUUAAGGCAGAUAGAAGAGUGACGAAAGAGUGAGAGGAAAGGAGAGCUCAACAAACAUUUCACCGAACUUUCUACGAAAUUCAAUUGGAAGUGUACUAAAUAAGCAGCUGCCAAAAUUAAUCAAUAGUUAAUUUCGUUCUAUAAAUCAGUCAGAGAUAUAUAUCAUCGAUUUUUUCCGCAGUUGAAACAAUUUCUAUUUGGAACAAUAGAAGACGUAGAUAGUUUGUUUUGCGAAAUUUGUUAUUGCAACACAAAAACAAAUCACCCUGGAAUGGACUACAAAAUCGUAUAAAUUAUAAAUCCGGUCUGGACAAAUAGAGGGGAAGAGGGCAUCUAACUUUCACAGAACGUUAAACGUUUUGUAGUAAAAACAACUUUUUUGUUUCGAAUGUGUUUGUUCACCUACUUACUUAUCGUGCGUUUAAUAAAUAACAAUCAGACAAAAUAAUCCAUUUUAACAAAUCAGCAAAGAUCUGAGGAGAAAAACAGUCAUUUCUUGAACGUGAAAUUUAAUUAAGGAACUCUUUUAGUUGAAAAAACAAGCACCAACGAAAUUGAAUCAUACGCGAAAAAAUUCGGUCGCAGAAUUUUUUUGUGUUAAACAUUUUGAUGUGCAGAUAUUUUACACACAGCCACUGACGUUGAACAAAAAUGUUAGGAAUUUUUGAAUUAUUUAUUUUUCUAUGUGUCUUUGGCUACUUGCUCAACAAAGCACGAGCAAAAGACAUGGUUGAUGUGAUGCAAACUUAUAUGCAAGAUGCUAUUAGUUUAGUACGUAUGCAUCGAACUGAGACUGAUAAUCAUGACGAUCACGGCACGACCACUGAUUAUGGUGCACGCCGACGUGCAACCGAAAGGCAACGAAUCCGUAUUCAAAACAAAGAACAGGAAAAACAAUCAUUUGAUCGAUCUCUGUAUCAAAUCAAAGAAACCCCAAUGCAAACAUUGCAAGUGCAAUCGAAAAAGCUCAAUGGGCUUGCGUGUGAUUUUUGUUCACCUUCAAAUAAUGAACAACAUUUGAAUGCGGAACUUGCUCAACAGGAUGUUAUCAAUAUUUUGCGUGUUGGAACAUACAAUAAAUCGUUGACCAAAGAGAACGGCACAUUUUUCAAUUGGAUUCAAUCGUGGUUUCCAUUUAUGGUGCAUUGCUUACGUUUAACACGUUUCCCAUUACCACAAGUUGCUGAUUCAGUUCUCAAAGAUGAUCGUUUGAAAAAUGCCAUCAAAAUAUCUGUUGAAAAAACCGUUGAAGAAUUGAAAACAAAUGCGGGCAAUGAUUUCGACGAAGACUGGCAAUAUGAAAAAACAUUGAAAGAAAAUAAACAACGUGCACAACGUCUUCUAUUGGAUAUGCGUUCAAAAAUAUCCGAUCGCUUAUUACGCUUUGCAUCACUCGUCAUAUUCAAAUUGCUGCCGUCAUUUAUGUCAGGCGUUAUUGCACAUCCAGCACACAUUGAUAUGCUGAAAAAAACCGCAGCCGCCUCACCCAAUGUUCCAUUGAUCUUCUUACCAUUACAUCGUAGCCAUUUGGAUUAUAUUUUGGUCAGUUUUAUUUUGUACAACAACGAAAUUCGUGCUCCCAUUGUCGCUGCCGGUGAUAAUUUACGCAUACCAUUCUUCGGUGCUUUGUUACGAGGGCUUGGUGCAUUUUUCAUUAAACGCAAAAUUGACCCGGUCGCUGGCAAAAAGGACAUUGUUUAUCGCGCUGUUCUACACACAUACAUGCAACAUGCUUUGGCUGCACACCACAAUGUUGAAUUCUUUAUCGAAGGUGGCCGGACACGUACUGGCAAACCAUGCAUGCCAAAGAGUGGUGUUUUAUCAGUGAUUAUCGAUGCAUUGAAUAGUGGAACGAUAGAUGAUGCCUUUUUAGUACCCGUCUCCGUUAACUAUGAACGUCUUUGUGAUGGUAAUUUUGUAUACGAACAAUUGGGCGAGAAAAAAAAACCUGAAAAAUUUACAUCAGCUGUAUCAGCAAUUUGGGCCAUUUUAAAUUCAAAAUACGGACAAAUGCGAAUCGAUUUCAAUGAACCAUUUUCGCUGAAGAAUUUAAUCAAAGCAUAUGAAAAUUUACCCGAACUAAAUUCAAUCGAAACAACACCACAUAUAUUGAAACGUUUGAUUAGCGCAAGACGGCUAAAACAUCAACCAUCAACAUCAUCUCUGUACGGUACCGAUGUGGUUAACGAAGAACAUCGUGCAUUAGUCGAUAGCAUUGCUCGUCAUGUGGUUUACGAUUGUGCUACAGCAACAGCAUGCAUGACAACGAACGCGGUCGCAUUUUUAUUAUUAACCAGAUUUCGAAAUGGUGAUACAAUCGAUGUUUUGGCAGAUGCACUUGAUGACCUUAGAAAAACAUUGCAUGGUGUACGAACAAUAAGUUUUACUGGGGAUUCACAUAGUGUAAUCAAAUACGCAGUUGAUCUACUAGGUCCAAAUUUGAUUACAAUGGAAGAAAAAGAUGGAAAAACAUUCAUUACACCAGUUGCAAAUAUUCGUAGUUUCAUUGAACUCUCAUACUAUUCAAACAGUUUGGCCACACAUUUUGUACUUGAUGCAGUUGUAAUGUGCACAAUACUUAAAAUGACCGAAUCGCAUUCAUGUAACAGUAAUUCAGCAGGAUACCAAAUUAAAAGAAGUGAAUUAAUGGAAUUAUGCAAAAAGUACUGUGAUAUGCUACGAUAUGAGUUCUUAUUCAAUAAACCCUGCCAAAAACUGGACAAUCUACUCGAUGAUUCACUUGAGCGUUUGAAAGAGCAAUACUUACUUUCCAUUCCAUCGGAAGCAAAUUCUAUGGAAGACAUGAAAGCUCGAAGAUACUAUGCACAUUUCGACGAAAGCAGUGAAGAUGGUUAUGAUAUUCCUACAUCCGAUGAAAUUACUAUUGCUUUACCAGAGGGAGGACAUGGAAAACGGGUAGUUUUGUCAUCAGUUCUAGCUCCAUACUCACAUACAUAUAUGGCCGUCAUUCGUUCAUUGGAUAGUCUUCGAGAUUAUGGAUUGACAGAAAAUGAAUUUAUCAAAGUGUGUGUUGCGGAAAUUACGAAACAGGUUGAAAAUGGCAACUGCAAAUACAGUGAAAGCAUCUCAACUGAUACAAUGCGAAAUUGUAUGAAAAUGUUGGAAAAAUCCGGUUACAUUGAAGUAUCAAAUGUUGGCGGUACCCGCAUUGUUGCAUUGAGCAAAAAAUAUGACAACAUCGAUGGUGUACAGGAUAUUACAAAACAAAUUGAUUCGAUCGUUACCUUUUAAACAAAAUAAGAGAAAUUGUUUCUUCUUUGGAAUUUUUCCAGUAAAAAAACAAAACCACUCCCAUUUUAUAGAAUAGUUUUAAGAUAAACAAAAAAAAACAAGAAUUUGCUGGGAUAAUUUAUAUUGAAUUAAUUUAGUGACACAUACGACUUUAUUCUUCGUAAUGUUAUCAUUAUAUUACUACAUUUUUCAAUCGUAACCAAAAACGUAUCAUAUAAGAUUCAAAUAUUUCAUGAAAUUUAAAAAUGAAAACAAAAAUUGUUGUUGAAG